AUGUCACACGAAAACAAUGAGCAGUUGAUUGAUUCUGAGAAUAAUAUAAACUCACGAAAGAGGAAGUAUUUUGAUGUUUACUCUUCGAGAUCUUCCAGUUUAAACCCAACGCAAUCGAGGGUAUUUGAUGUUUUUGUCAAUAAUACCGAUUCUCCACAGAAUCUUCAACUAUUAGAUAUUUUCUCAGAUGAAAUGAAAAGUAAAGAAAAUAGACAAAAUUCAUUGAUGAGUACAACGUUCUCUUCUGUGAAAACAGAGAAGGACAUAGACGAUUUAGAUGAUAUCCCACUAUUAAACUCAGGGAAACUAUCAAACUCUAAUACAUUACAAUUAAAUGCAUUUAACGACCCAAAGAAAUUGAAGAUACCAGAAGAACCUAAAUCCCGAAUAGAAGAUAAAUUAGGUGAUAAACCAAUGCUUCCUAGUUCAAAUGUGAUUAAGUCACCUAAGAGUAUGAUGCCAUCACAUUUGGCCCAUAUAACAGCGCAUAAUACUCAUUCGAGUGCUCUUUAUUUGAAAGAUAGUUAUGACAAAUGGUCUAAUAACGUUGAAGAGGUAUUUAUUAAAGCACUUAGACUUGUGAUGAAGAAUGGAACAUCAAAAAUAAAAUUAAAAGAUAGGAAUUAUGGUAGAAAUGAGUUAAUCUCAUUGUACAUAAAAUAUUAUACAGGUGAAUUUAGAACCAAAAAACAAAUCUCAUCACAUAUCCAAGUUUGGAAGAAAGCAAUUUUAAAUAAAAUCUCUAAUAAUAUCCAAAUAACGGAAAUGGACCAAGAAUUAUUGACAUUAAUUGAAGAAGGCGCACAACAAACGAAGGAUUCAACAAAAUUAUUCUACGAAACAUUUGACGUGAUAUUAAGUAAAUUAAAACCAUCUCCAGACGGUUCUGAUUACGUUUCCGUAUACCCACACACUUCACAGACCAUGGUUAAUAAUACUGACGAAAUCAAGAGCACAUAUGGUGGUGCUAUCCAUGCAACAUACCCUACUGAAAGCCAAGCAAUAUCAAACUAUCCAGAUUUAAUAACACCAAAGAGUGCCCCUACAUCUGCAUCCCAACAGGUUGUUCAAAACUAUAAAACAUUAGAGCCGCAACCAUUUCAAACGAUGAAUAAUUACCCUAUUACUCCGUUAGAUUAUGCAAAAUCACUUUAUGAGAAUAUGAAGAGUUAUAAAUGUGUUCCAGCUAAAAUAGAAGAUGAUUCAUAUACGUCAUUUUUGAAAGAUAUUCAAGGUAAUAAAAAUGAUUCGACAAUGGGUGCAAAUAUUGGAUAUGAAAAACAUGAAUCUAAUGGAAGGAUAAGUUCUCGAAUAAAUUCGGAAAACGUAAUAAAGAAUGCUGAAAGAGUUAAAGCAGAACAAAGAAAGCUCAUUGAAGAACUUCAAAGAAAAUCCAAGACAAAUGCAAGUGUUGACCUCCCUAGUAUAGGGAAUAGAUCUGCUAGUAAUAGUUCAUUUUAUGAUAGGGUACCGUUUUCACAAGAUGAUUUGACAAUAAGACCAAAGGAUUGGGAAACAUCAAAGGAAACCUCUUUAUCGCUUUAUAUGAUGCCUCAAUCACAAUCACAAAUGCCACCACAAUUACAGAGAUCAAUUUCUGGUAAUUCUAUCCCAUACCAACAGGAGAUGGUUCCACCUUACUUACAGCAACAAGCACAGCAACAAGUACAGCAACCUACAUUAUACCCCGGGCAAUACUUAGUUCCAUUAACCCAACAACAACAGCAACAGCAACAAGCAUCGCAAGUUCAAUCACAACAGGGACUUACAUUAUCAAAAAUGUCACCUCAAGGUACUUUUAUUUCAUAUCCGCAACCAGCGGGUUCUCAAGCGAGUGUUCAGCAAGGUGUCCCAUCAUCAUCUGUGUAUUAUUAUCCACGUCAUACCUAUAUUCCUUCUUCUAAUCCUUAUCCGAAUGGACCUUACCGUUCUAACCAAUCCAUUCCAUAUAACGAUCUUCCUUUUGAACAAUUUCCUAAUGGUAGUCAGGAGUUUGAAUAA